AGUACGCAAAGCUCUGGAGGGCUUAAUGUCAUCAUACUGCACUCUUAGCUAGCCAAAGGAAUCGCUACUUCAAUCUUGCACUCUUACGCCGCGUGACAUUCAAACAUUGAGGCGCGUCAUUUCUGACUCACUGUGACCUGCAUAUAUGCCGUCGAUCUUGGAACUCUGAUCGGUCCUUUUCCAUGUGCCAGACCCCGUGGGAUGAGCCGCCCCACCACUUGGAGCCGGGUGACCUCCCCCGCCCAACUUUUCCGUUUCUCAUGUCGCGUCGCGUAUGGCAAAAGUUCCGAACCAGCCCUCCAAGGGCGAGCGAGGCUCAUAAUUCCUUGCAACACAUUCUGUCCCCUAACGCCCUAUUGUUGGCCUCCGCACGACCCAUCUAAACCACAACCGCCGCGCCAAGGCAAAAAUCAUGGCCUACACCAAAGACUACUACCACAUCCUGCAGCUGCCCACGCCAGGCUGGACCUCGAAACACCACACCACACCAGCAGAGCUCCGCCGAGCGUACAAGCUCGCCCUGCUAGCUGCGCAUCCAGAUAAAGCGAGCGCCGUCGCCGCCACGACAACCACGACGACGACCGCAACGAAGACGAAGACGAAGACGAAACCCGCAUACACAGUCGACGACGUCAAAGAAGCCUACACGACUCUCGCAAACGCAACCUCAAAGUCCGAAUACGAUAAUUGGUUCUUGCGACAUGGCAAUGGGCUGACGAUGACGGGCAAGGAGAGAGGAGAGGGGAGGGGCGAGAUACAGUUGUCGAGUGAUUUUGUGCUUGGGCUUGAACUGCUUGAUUUGGGGGAUUUUGAGAUGUGGGAAGGGGAUUAUACAUCUUCACCUACAUCUACAGGCACGGCAAUUCCGGGACAAGGACAAGGAGAAGAAGCAAGUGGGGGAGGGCAGACGACAUGGACGCGAGCGUGUCGAUGUGGUGCAGAUAGAGGGUUUAGCAUACUAGAAGAAGAGUUGGAAGAUGCGGAGGAGAGGGGCGAGAAAGAGGUGCUGGUUGGUUGUGUGGGGUGUAGUUUGUGGGUUAGAGUUGGGUUUGAGGUUGAAGUUGAGGGUGGGUGAUGGGAGUCGUCAGGUGUAUCACCACGGUAACGGCGAUGCCAUUGAGACGGCGAACGACUGUAUCGAUCAUCUGUCUCUCUGGUUCUCGUAAUGGCUUCGAGGCUGUAAGACUGCGAGAUUGUUGGGCUCAGCGGUUUCCCAACUGUUCACGCACCAAAAGAAUUCGCGGGGUCUGAUCUGGUUAUUCGGCGCAUCUGGCAGCUAUGUUGGUAUGGCUUGCACCGAUCCCUCCAGUCGCAUAUUCAAGGUAGGCGUGCCAUGCGCGAAACUAGGUUGGCCGAAGACAGGAGAGGAGAUCCGAUAGGGGAUGUUUACAGUAAUCUGGAAGGCACAUGAUUGUUCGAGCAGGGGCGUAGAGAACCGAGAGUGCAGAUGUCCUCUG